GCGUCGCUUCACGGAUCCCUUUACCGUGGAGUGAUAUAGGAAGGGGUACUAUUCGGUCAUGUGAUUCAGCUUUUUUCCUCCUUCGUCGAAGUUGAAAGGCAAGCGAGGUAGAGCUGGGUCUGUCUCCCUCAAUCUCAGCCGCUGGAGUGCUUUCUAGAUGCGGUGACUUUCACCCUAUUUUUCCUCACUCGGUGUAAUUUUCUCCAACUUUUUAAGAUGGCCGGGGCAAUUAUUGAAAACAUGAGCACCAAAAAGUUGGUGAUCGUGGGAGUGAUUCUGCUUUUGUUCCAAGCGUUUUCUUUCAUGGUCGGUGGCUUGAUUGCUCCAAGUCCCACCACGGCGGUCCACUACCUGGCCACCAAAUGCGUGGACUCUGUGAGGCACCACCAGAGCAACAAGUGGUUCAUGCCCUGGGGUCCCAACCAGUGUGACAAGAUCCGGGACUUGGAAGAGGCCAUGUCCAGGAAGAUCGAAGCCAACAACAUUGUGUUUGCUGUCCACAUCCCGUUGCCCAACAAGGAAAUGAGCCCCUGGUUCCAGUUCAUGCUCGUCAUCCUGCAGUUUGACAUCGCCUUCAAGAUGUACAACCAAAUAGAGGAUGGAGCAAUGGCCACCAUCGAUGUGGGUCUGGCCUACAGGGACGACACUCUCAGCGAGUGGACAGAGAUGGCCCACUCCAUAGAACAGAGGAAGCUCAGCUGCAACUUCACCACCUCGAAGACCUAUGAGAAUGAGGGCCGCUACUAUGAGUGUGACCUGCUCCCGUUCAUGGAGCUGGGCAGUGUGGCCCACAAGUAUUACCUUCUCAACAUUCGCCUGCCUGUCAGCGAACGCAAGAAGGUCAACGUGGGCAUCGGCGAGGUCAAGGACAUCCGUCUAGUGGGUAUUCACCAGAACGGCGGUUUCACCAAGGUGUGGUUUGCCAUGAAGACCUUCCUCACGCCCAGCAUCCUCAUCAUCAUGGUGUGGUACUGGAGGCGGAUCACGCUGAUGACCAGGCCCCCCGUGCUGCUGGAGAAGGUGAUCUUCGCUCUUGGCAUGUGUAUGACGUUCAUCAACAUCCCUGUGGAGUGGUUUUCCGUGGGCUUCAACUGGACCUGGAUGUUGUUGUUCGGGGACAUCCGGCAGGGCAUCUUCUACGCCAUGCUGCUCUCUUUCUGGAUCAUCUUCUGCGGAGAGCACCUCAUGGAUGAGAUGAAGAGAAACCAUUUCUCAGUGUACUGGAAGCAGGUGGGACCCAUCGUCUUCGGCUCCUUCUGCCUCUUCAUCUUCGACAUGUGUGAGAGGGGUGUGCAGUUGAAGAAUCCUUUCUACAGUAUUUGGGCGUCCGAUGUGGGUACUGAGUUGGCUAUGGCGUUCAUCAUCGUGGCAGGGAUCUGUGCCUGUCUCUACUUCCUGUUCUUGUGCUUCAUGGUGUUUCAAGUUUUCCGCAACAUCAGUGGGAAAAGGUCCUGCCUGCCUGCAAUGACCAAGGCCCGACGCUUAAUCUAUGAGGGUCUCAUCUUCCGGUUCAAGUUCCUCAUGUUGGUCACUCUGACCUGUGCUGCCAUGACUGUUAUCUUCUUCAUCAUCAGUCAGGUGAAUGAGGGCCACUGGCAUUGGGGCGACUAUACUGUGCAGGUGAACAGUGCUUUCUUCACUGGGAUCUAUGGCAUGUGGAACCUCUACGUGUUCGCCAUCAUGUUCCUCUACGCUCCUUCGCACAAACGCUAUGGGGAACAGCAGUCCAGCGAUCACUCUGCAUCUUUCAGAGGUGAUGAUAAAUGUGUGAAGGGGACGCAGGGGCCAGUGGAGAGGACGUCCAGCUUACCACUACCAUAACCCAUGUGGACGGACCCACCGAGCUGUACAAGAUGACAGGCAAGGAGGCCCAAGAGUAGGCGCCGCCCCCCCAAGCUCUUUCAGGAACCUGACUGCGCUUCCGUUUCAAACCCAUAAUCCCGGCCCACAUCAGCCCCUGAAGUUCAGAAGCUACAUAGCUGUAGCCCUGAAGUCCUUUCAUUUGCAGACAAGGGGUCUGAAUGCUAAUCCGAUCUCUGACAUUUGGCAGUUUGUUAACGAUCAGUGUAUGUGAAGUUGUUGCACAUCUGAAGUCAAGGUUGUUUUCUUUGAGAUGGGAAGUAGUUGGAAAGACUUGGUGCGCCAUCUGGUGGUCAUAAGAGGCAGUUGGGACGUAAAUUCUCAGAGUUGUUCCUUUUGGCACAGAUCUUGCUUCAGCUUACCAUCCCCAAAUCCUCAACUUCUCUUAGCGAGGGAGAGGGUGCAAAAGCCUACCACCCCACUCCACCCCCCCCUCACACUCGCCUGUUCACCUCCAUGGAACUUUUUCGACUACUGCGUUCAUUUGUCUGUCAUGUUUCCAAGUGGGGAGAUUUCAGUUUUUUUCUUUGUAUUUGGGGGAAACUUACACCAGGCCUUUUUGUAAACACCAAUUUCUUUAUGUUACAAUGUAGAUAUAUAUAUUAUAAAGUGCUUAUUUUCAACUGUAUGAAAUAUUUGCCUAUGCUGUAUCAUUUACUGUCAAAAAACUACAUCUUUUCAAGAAUUUAAGAUGAUUGUAUUUCACAUUUGGGAGUGUAUUUUGUGCUUUUUAUGCUUAU